CUUUCCUCCUCACCGCCGCCGCCUGGUAACGGCCGCUCCCGCUCCGCGGACCGGUUCCGCUACAGCUCCGCACCGUGACCGGGGCUUCCCCCCCACCAAGCCCGAGUCCCGUUUGGUUCCCACGGGGCACGUUGCAAACACUGGCCCUGCUUCCGCAGGGAGCCCCCGCGGGGCGGAACGGGCCGCGCUUGCCCGUUCUCUCCGUUUGAGAGGCUCCGGCCGGUCUUACUGCUGCUGCUCGGGAGAAGGGGCGUGUGGGACAUGCCAGACCCCUCCUUUGCCGUCCAGACCUCUGGGCGUGACACAAGCCUGGCGGGAAGCUGGGGCGGCUGAGGCGCGGAUGCUUGCUCCCGCCUGGCAAGUUCCAAGGCGCUGGUCAUGGCAGGAUUUCUCAGAGCACUCCGGCGUGUCUUACGAGCAAACUGUUCCACAGAGAAGCAUUGUAAGAUGGCUUAAUGUGACUGCAGGCAAAGCGGAGCAUUUCAGCUGCAAAGAUGCAGAUUACUGUUCAACUUCUGCUGAAGAAUUAUAGGCAGUGCUAAUUUGAAAAGGCACACCUCUUCAGAAACAGCUUCAUAACUAUGUAAUUUAAAACUUAAAGUGUGAGAGUGAGCCAGUUCUGCAAAUAAGUCAGAGAAGUUGGGAGCAGAAAAAAACAAGAUGAAUGCAUCUGGAGGAAACUGUGGGAGCCCUAGUUCUGCAGAACCUGCUGGAGAUUUCUUCAAGGAAUUGUGGUCCAAACUGAAAGAAUGUCAUGAUAAAGAAGUACAAGGCUUACAGCUGAAAAUAUCUAAGCUGAAAAAGGAAAGAUGCUUGGAUGCCGAGAGGCUUGAAGAGUUUUAUACCAAGAACCAACAGCUCAGAGAACAGCAAAAAGCACUUCAUGACACUAUCAAGGUUUUAGAAGACAGAUUAAGAGCGGGAUUAUGUGAUCGCUGUGCUGUAACUGAAGAACAUAUGAGAAAGAAGCAGCAGGAGUUUGAAAAUAUCCGGCAGCAGAAUCUUAAACUUAUCACUGAGCUUAUGAAUGAAAAAAACAACUUACAGGAUGAAAAUAAAAAGAUAACUGAACAGUUCCAGCAAUUACAGAAGGAGUUGGAGGAGCAAAAGCAACAAGCAGUGGAAUUAGAAGAUGGUGUCAUUCCAGAUUCUCCAGUUCUGACUUCUUCGUUUUCUAUGGUUAAUCGUAUGAGAAGAAAAAAAGAGAAUAGGCAUAUCCGAUACACAGAACAUACACACCCAGAUUUGGAACUUGCAGAAAGCAAUGGUGAGUUUGGAAGAAUUCCGCUGUAUUCCACACAAGUGAACAGUCACCACGGAGAAGAGAUACUAGUGGCAGAUACCUGUGAUCCGCAACUGUCCCCUGUACCAAAUAAACCAAGGAUGGGAGGCUAUCCUGUUCCAAAGCCAUCUUUUAACUUGGCUGCAGUCGUGGCAGAAACAAUUGGACUUGCUGUUCAAGAGGAAUCUGAGUCCCACAGUGUUCUGAGUCCUCCCCACACUAAUGCUGUUAUGAGCCAGGCCCCAGAGAGCAUGCAGUCUGAAGACUCAAGAAAACAUCCAGCUUCUGAAUCAAGAAAUGAUGGCAACAAUUUAGGUCUUUCAGAUCCAUCUCAGAACACUCCACCACAUGCUGACUGGGAUUCUCAGGUAGCCUCUCCUGUUUUUGGAGCUUCUAGCAGUGUGAAGAACAACUCAAGUACAAGUUAUGCCUCUUGUAUUUUAGAUUCAGGAUUGAAGCCUAAUCUCAAAACCAACCUCUUCAACAAUCCUUCCAGUUCCAGAUCUCAUAAAAGUAGACCAAAAUCUGAAGAUGUUGCUUUUGUUGCACCACUGAAUCUUGGAACUGAAAUCAACUCAGUUAUCAGCCAGGCCUCUAUCAAUAGGCAAAUGGUUGUGAAAAAGAAUACUAAUGAGGCUGUAACCUGUGUUGGAAACACUUGUGCAACUAAAAAUGAGGUGAUCAAGAGCGAUUUCCUUCUCAUGCACCAGAGGCAGCUAGAAAGCAGGUGUGCUAAGAGAAAGAAAGCUGAAGAUGAGCGUGCAAUUAGCUGUGAAAAAACAUCCUUCAACAAAGAGAAUUCUAUGCCCUUUCAAUCAGAUGUUCAGCACAUUAAUGGGGAACAUACAGUUGAUAAGCCCUUGGAUCUGUCUGAUCGCUUCUCUGGAGCUCGUUGUCAAGAGAAAAAACAAGGAGGUGAGGAGACCUGUAAAAAUAGACUGAAACAGGUGACUCUGCGUGACAUUUUUUCACAGCUAGGGAAGCCCAUUCCCGAAGGUUCAUCGUCCAUUCAAAAUGCCAACAAUGAGAACUGUUUGUUUGGCAGAGAGUUACAAGAGGAAUCCCAUGUACAAGAGGCAAUGCUGGGAAAAACAUUCCCAGAUAAGAAAAACCAGAUCCAAAUGAAAGAAGAAGUUCCUCCCUUCAAAAUUGCACCACCACCAUGUUCUCCAGACACAGAGAAACUUUUUGAUGGUAUGCAGGUUGCCAGUGGCCAUGUACCAAAUAGAAAGAAAACAAGGACAGGACAUGGAGAGUCUGAACCAGCAUCUGUACUUCAACCAAACCCUUGUAGACUGUCAAAAAAUAAAUCACUGCAAAAUGAGCCAGACCUGAAAGAUAAACCUUUAGAAAACCUCCAGUGGAGCAUAGACCCAGGAGCUGACCUUUCACAGUACAAAAUGGAUGUUACUGUGAUUGAUACAAAGGGUGGUUCUCAGUCAAGAGUUGAAGGAGAAGUUGUUGAUAUGGAUUAUACAUAUGUUAGUGAUAGCGUGCUAUUAAAAAUGAAAAAUCAAGAGCAAAACCAGGAAAGCAGUCCAAGAGGAGAAAAAAAAAUGAAUGAUACCUUAACAGAAAUGUUUGAUCGGACAACCCAUGAAGAGUAUGAAUCCUGCCUGCCAGAAGAUAGUCCUCCUGCAUGUGAUGAAAAAGAAACUCUUCAUGAUGAAGAGCAGGAUAAGGGAGUAACAGCAGCAAGCAAGAAACUAAAGAAACAUGAGGAUAAACAAGAUAAAGCCAAACAGAAAGCUUUUGUGGAGCCAUAUUUCAAAAGUGACGAAAGAAAGAAGACUGUGUUAGAUUUUCCUCAUAUUGAGGUUAUUAGAAAAAAAGAAGAAAGAAGAAAAUUGCCUGGCCAUACUUGUAAGGAAUGUGAAAUAUAUUAUGCAGACAUUCCAGAAGAAGAGAGAGAAAAGAAACUAGCUUCCUGUUCAAGACACAGAUUUCGCUACAUUCCUCCAAAUACUCCUGAAAACUUCUGGGAGGUUGGAUUUCCUUCUACCCAAACUUGUGUGGAAAGAGGAUAUAUUAAAGAGGAUCUUGCUCCCUGUCAACGUCCAAAAAGACGGCAGCCUUAUGCUGUAAUGUUUUCUCCAAAAGGCAAAGAGCAGAAGACAUAAAGGAUGGGGAAGUAAGGCACGCUGACUUGAAGAGUAUCUUUCCUGUCCUUAGAUAUUUAUAGCUAAUAUAAACUUGAAAUAAAGAACUGUGUUUUCCACAAUGAUAGAUAAAUCAUUUCAUUAAAUAUGUAAAUUUUAUAAAAUUCAUCUGAAAAUCUGAUGUACGAGGAAACAAAACUAUUUAAUGUAUGUUUGUUUCAUAUUGUGUUAAUACAUUUUGUAUUAAUUUUUGCACCUGUCAGACAACGAGUCUCCCAUUUUUUUCUUUGAAGUCAGCAGCUACAAUUCCAGCAAAUCCUUUCUAAACUUUGUGUCAGGGAGAAACUGCUUUGAAGUCACUGAAAUCAGUUUUUCUUGCAAGGUCUAAAUGCCUGUCAAUGGGAACAGAAAUGCAGAUUUUGUAGGGUGCUUCUAUUUUGCACUGGAUUUUUUAAAUAUAGCCUUUCUCUUUUGGCAAUAAUGGUUAUAUCUACUUGUAAUAAAGCUGUAUUAAAUAUGAAAGGUAUCUACUGUUAAUAGUUUGGAGCUAUAAAAACCAUGUAGUCUAAGUGUCUUUCUUACAUUUUUGUGUUAAAUGUUUAGCACCAUGUUUUCCUCAGCAUUUAAAUUAGAAUAUCCAAAUUUUUUUUCUUAUUUUGGAUCUGUUUGUAUAGCUAUGUCUCAUUUAUUGAAAAGGAGAUAAGUAUUGUUACUUCUAAAUUUGGUUGACAGUUAUGCAUGGAGUUCUCCCAGGUGAUAACCAUUGCUGUCCACUAGAUUAGGAAGGAUUCUCCAGAGGUAUUUUAAAUUCAUUUUUUGUAGCAGGGAAUAUAGUUUCAUACUUGCGUUUGGAGAGUAAAAGCAUACAGAGACAGGGUAAUGCUUUUACAUAGCUAGGCAGGCCAAAGAUCACUAGAAGAUUCUUAGGAAUAAAAUAGCAUUUUAGAAUAGAAUAAAAUGUUCAAGCAGUGUAAAUCGGAGUUAGAUUCAAACAGUGAGAGUUCUCUUUAAAAGAGACCAUAAAGCAAGCAACUAUUUAGGUUCCUUAAACCAAAAUAAAAGAAUAGAAAGUAUAGAUACUUUUUUUUUAAAUAUAUGUAUUUAAAAAAUGUAUCUGUACUUUAUAUUCUUGUAUUUUUAUAUAUAUAUGUGUGUGUGUGUGUAUAAAAAGGUAUGUAUCUAAAAAUGUGGUGGAUAGGACCAUUUAAUUCCAUGUGUAGUUAUAUAGGAGUGGUGGUAGGUUCUGCUGGUGGAGAGGUUAUGGCAUAUGCCUGAGAAGAAAACUAAGAAAAAUUGAUUUAACUAACACAAAGUAACACAAAAUCCUCUGAACUUGAAGUCACAGGUCUUGCAGAAAAAUAGAAGAUGAUGUAUCACUAUGCACUGUCCCCAUCCUGUCUGCUUAGCUGAAUGGUUUGCUUUAGCAUUUCACAGGGAUGCAUCCUAAGGCAUAGCAAAGGCAUAAAGCCAAAUAACAAUGAAAAUCUUUAAUCAUUCCUCUAUAUACUAACACAUGCUGACAAUAAAUGUUUGCACACUGUAAAAGUUCAUUUCUUGGGGCAGGUAGUCAAAGAAUCCAUGCCAAGGUAAGUCUAGUUUCCUGAAAAUUAGA